GCCUGAGAAGUCUGCGGUUGAGCUGGGAGAAGGCUCCCCACCCCCUAACUGGGGGACAGGUGCAGUCCAGCUGGAGGGCGCUGGAUGUCGACUCCUCUGACUCUACAGUCCCUGGGUGCAGUGGCCAUGGCUACAGCAGAACCCUCUUGGAAGUGGAUGGUCUGUGCCCUGAUCACAGCCCUGAUUCUGGGGGUGGCAGGGCCUGUUCUUGCAAAUGAUGUUGAUUCCUGCAACAAGCCCUCUGCCACGGGGACCUCCGGGAGCACCCAGGACCUUGACGCUGAAGCCACAGACGACAGCCGGACGAAUGACAGCAGUGGCAGCCGCAUCGUCAAUGGGUCCGACUGCGACGUGCACACUCAGCCUUGGCAAGGCGCGCUGCUGCUGAAGCCCAACCAGCUCUACUGUGGGGCCGUGUUGGUGAAUCCGCAAUGGCUGCUCACCGCCGCCCACUGCUGGAAGAAAUUGUUCAAAAUCCGUCUCGGCCACCAUUCCCUGUCACCCACUUAUGAAUCUAGCCAGCAGCUGUUCUCAGGGGUCAAAUCCAUCCCCCACCCUGGCUACACCCACCCUGGCCACUCCAAUGAUGUUAUGCUCAUCAAACUGAACAGAAGAAUCCAUGAGACUCAGGAUGUCAAGCCCAUUAACAUCUCCUCCCAUUGUCCAGCCGCUGGGACCCGCUGCAUGGUAUCUGGCUGGGGAACAGUCAGCAGUCCCAACAUUAACUUCCCUAAGGUCCUCCAGUGUUUGAACAUCACUGUGCUCAGUGACGACAGGUGCAGGGAGGCCUACCCAAGACAGAUAGAUGUCACUAUGUUCUGUGCUGGCGAUGAAACAGGCAGAGACUCCUGCCAGGGUGACUCUGGGGGCCCCGUGGUCUGCAACGGCAACCUACAGGGCCUCGUGUCCUGGGGGGAUUUUCCCUGUGCUCAGCCCAACAGACCCGGCGUCUACACCAAACUCUGCCGGUUCACCAAGUGGAUCCAUGACACCAUCCGGUCCAACUCAUGAGUCAUUCCAGGGCCCAGCAUUCUAGUGUCCCCCCCGCCCCCUGCAAGUCCCCAGCCCUGCAGGGACCUGACACUCCUUCCAGACCCCCAUUCCUUCCCAAGGAUUUUGAGGUGUUUAACCUCCAGCCCCCCCGAGUCCUCUGGAAUCAGGGCCCCCUUUCCCUGACCGCGUAUCUCCAGCUGGAUCUUGGGGACACUUCCCAGGAUAGCCAGAAAU